AAUAUAAAUGUCAAGGCUCGCUCCCUAGAGAUAUCGCGUUCGUUCGGCUUGCCUUCGUCUUGUGCCGUUUGGUUCCCGAGAAAACGCAGGAAAAUGAAGUGAUAGAGAAGACGGGUCUGAAGAAAUUUUCUGGUUCCACGAGUGAUUGGAACGAAAAACUGGUUUGUCUAUUUUGAUGGAGAAGGUUUGAAUUUCGAUCUGGUGAACUAUCUGGAACCAUUUGCAUCGGUUAAUAAUGUCUGGGAGGAGUAUGUACAAGACGAAGCUAUGCAUACUUUACCAGAAGAGAGGUCAAUGUUCGCGGCCGAAUUGCACGUUUGCUCAUGGAUCUGCCGAGCUCAGGCGGCCUGGGGAUUCUUCAUUUUCAGCUAGACGGAACAAUCUUGAUAAUGACUUGAGGGAUAAACUCGAUAGACGUUUUUCUCUGGAGAGGAGACAUUCUUCUGGGAGAAACGGAAGAGGGCUACCAAGAUUUAGUGGACAUGAUGAUAACAGGCCUUUUGAGAAGCGAAGGGAUAAAGACUACAGGGAGAACCAGAAAUUGGAUGAUCAAGGUGACUAUGCUGGAGGUUUGAGAGCUGGAAAUAGGAUUGAUGACCAGGCAGAAGAUGAAAGAAAUAAGUUUCCUGGCUAUAAUAAUGUUCUAGAGGAGCAGUUAAAGGAAGUAGAGCUGGAUAUUAAGAUGCUUAGCAGCGACAAACUACGAAUUGGGGCUUCCAUUGAAGAGAAGGCCCAAGAGGCAGAUAUUCUUACUUCUAGGAUCCGGGAACUCGAGACCCAGUUGGAAAGAGAGAAAGAAGAGUGUAGGAGGAUUACUUCGAGCGUCAAGAAAUUUGUGAAAGAAUAUAAUCGUUUCUUGAGGGCACAAGAAGAUGUAAAGAGGUCACAAGCUCGUCUCCAAAAAUUGGGAAAUCAACUUAGUACAUAUCUUACUGGAAACGGAGGCAACGACAGGGAUGCAGAGAUUGAUAUUGUGAACAAUGAAGAGAAUAAUGGUAGUCAUCAUCCGAGGACUGCUCAUGAUGCUCAGGAUGAGUUGCAAAAUGCUUCUUCCUUUACCAGAAAAAGGCAUCAGGUGGAUCAAGCUACUCCUAAAGAACCCCUUGAAGAUGCUUCAGCAAUGUUAACUGGAGGUGGAGAAGAAAAGGUGGAGAAUUCGAGGCUGAGCAGGCGUUCUCGUUGGACUAUGGAUGAUUCCAAAUUGAGUUCUGAAAAGGAAACUACAGGGUGGGUCAGUGAAGACGCGAUCAAUGAGCCCUCACUCAAGGAAGACAAACGGAAACGUCGGAGGUUUUCUUCUGGAGCUGGGUCGGGGCUGGUAAUGCCACCAACGAGCAUGGCGGCUCACGCAGUUGACGAAGUGACAGAAGUCGAAGAGGAAAAUCCCGAAGCAACAAAAACAGUUGCAGCUAACGCUGAAGAAAAAACGAGAGGCGAUUCCAGUGCACAUUCACAGGAAGAAAGCUAGGAUAUAUAUAUAUAUAUAUAUAUAUAUCAGGGAGACGAGGAGGAUGUGGGCUGUGGAACAGAAGAAGCGAACAACGUAGACGUGGUCUGAUUCGUAAUCUUGAGAGGCUUAGACUCAGAAUACAGAAUCAAAAUGUGUUUUUUUUUUCUUUGAGGUUUGAAGUGAAAGCUUAUCUUCUUUGUCCGAACGAUAUCACAGACAGAACGGUUCUUGAUUUAGGAAGUGGCUAUGCCUUGUGUUC